AUGAAAAUAAUUUGUAUGGUCAUUGAUCAUGUUAUCCAUAUUAAUUACCUACUAUUAAAACACAAAACGUUCUACAACCAACUGGUUAAAAAAAUUUAUGAUUAUUGUAAAGAAUAUGCAUUGGAUGGUAGUAUCGAAACCUUUUCAGAUCCCAAAGAGCUUGAAUCAAACUUGAUUCACUUUUUCUCUUAUGCAAAGUGUUCUGAUAAAGAAGAAUAUUCUGUGAAUUCAGUUCUUUCAGCAAUAGCUGCUUUUCAACCAUUAAAAGGAAUUAAUA